AUGACCGUGAAGGAAAGACUAGACUACAUAAUUCAAAGCAAAAGAUGUCACAAUUGUCUAGGACCACACCGAACAAGUUCUUGUUUAAGCAAAGUAACGUGUUUCAAAUGCAGGAAGUAUCAUCAUACAACACUUCACAUAUCUACUACUGGCAGCCAAAGUCGUAAAACAAACAACAAGGGUGAUCAAUCAAACUGGAAAACUACAGCAGCCACUUUUCGCCCACAACAGAGUACCCAAUCCGAAUCGACACAAUUUACAACACAGAGGAACAUCAGCAACAAUGGACAAAAUAGUUCCAAUAUGCAAAUGGUACGAAACGAAACCAUAGGGACGAUCAACGGAAAUAAUGCCUAUAUCACUACAGGAAAUAGAGAAUCUCCGAAAAGGCAAUUGCAUUCAGUUGCUCUGCUUGCUACAGCAUACGUCAGAGUUAAAUCAAGAAAUGGGGCACUACAAACAAUACGAUGUCUAAUUGACCCAGGAUCUGAAGCAUCGUUCAUAUCAACAAACGCGGUGCAGAUACUCAAGUUACAGAAACACAAGAACGAAGCACAAAUCAUUGGCAUAGGUCAGUCUCAAUCAGGGUCAUCGCAACACAUGGUAUUCUGCGAGCUCAGACCAAGGUUCCAGAGUUCAUUUAUGAUAAACGCAGCGUUGCAUGUACUUCCACGAAUUUCCAACUCAAUUCCGAAAGAAAAAAUUCACAACAGUCUCAUUACGGAAUGGAAUGAUAUACAAUUCGCCGAUCCACAUUUCUCAAAUCCUGGACCAAUCGACAUGCUUUUAGGAGUUGAUAUAUACAAGGAUAUCAUUUUGGAUGGAGUAAGAAGAUCAAGCAAUGGGAUAACAGCGCAAAAUAGCGAAAUUGGAUGGUUACUAUACGGAAAUGUGAAGAAUAUAAGUCCAUCACUUCAGAUAACUAGUUUAACUAUCACUAUCAAUGAUGAGCAGUCACUAUCAAGAUUUUGGGAAUUGGAAGAAGCUGCAGACGAACGACGCUGUUCACCUGAGCAUGAGCUUUGUGAGAGACAUUACCAAAGCACUCAUACACGAAAUCGAGAUGGAUCAUACACAGUCAGACUUCCCUUCAAAAGUGAUGCUGAAAAUUUGGGAUUGUCCAAAAAACAAGCGGUAGCGCGCCUGCUGCAAAUCGAGAGGAAAUUCGAAACCAAUCCAAGCAUGGAACAGAACUACAAGGAAUUCAUACGCGAAUACAUAAAAUUAGGUCACAUGAAAACAGCAGAAGCUCAACCCCUCAAUGGCAUUCAAGUUUUUCUACCACAUCAGUGCGUUAUAAAGGCAGACAGCACUACUACUUCCACAAGAGUUGUUUUCGAUGGAUCGGCAAAAACAAGCACAGGAUAUAGUCUAAACGAUGUUUUACACUCAGGUCCUAAGAUACAACAGGAUCUCACUGACAUUCUCUUCAGAUGGAGAAAACAUCGAGUCGCCCUCACUGCCGAUAUCGAAAAGAUGUACAGGCAAAUCAAAAUAGCCGAGGAAGAUCAACCAUACCACAAAAUAGUCUGGAGAUUCUCAAAGGAUGAACCAAUACAGGAAUUUCAGUUAACCACUUCAACUUAUGGCACGGUCCCAGCAGCAUAUCUGGCAAUACGCACCCUACAUCAAUUAGCUGAAGACGAAGAGAAAAAUUUUCCAAGAGUCGCUCAGAUCGCUAAAAAGGAUUUCUACGUAGACGAUUUACUCACAGGGGCGGACAGCGUCGAGGUAGCUGAGCAAUUGUAG